CCAGCCCCGUGUCGCCAUCUUCCGCGUUACUGGCCGGCCGCAGAGUGCGGGAUAAAGUUCAGCGGGAGAGGGCGAGCGCCUCGCCUCGCCGCCGCCGCCGCCGCUCGCACGGGACGGGCUGAUGAACGCGGCUCCGGCUCUGCGGCCGCCGAGUCCCGGCUCGCCCCCGUCGCCGACCUCGGGAGCGCCGCGGCUCUCCGGCCAGGGCAUCCCCUUCCACAUCCAGAUCGGCCUGAGCAGGGAGCCCGUCAUCCUCGACUGCAGCGACUUCUCCCUCGCACAUGUCCGGGAAAUGGCCUGCUCCAUCGUGGACCAAAAGUUUCCUGAAUGUGGAUUCUAUGGGAUGUAUGAUAAAAUUCUCUUGUUCCGUCAUGAACCUAACUCAGAAAACAUCCUACAGUUGGUAAAGGCUGCUACUGAUAUUCAAGAAGGAGAUUUGAUUGAAGUUGUCCUGUCAGCUGCUGCCACGUUUGAAGAUUUUCAGAUUCGACCGCAUGCAUUGUUUGUCCAUUCCUACAGAGCUCCUGCAUUCUGUGAUCACUGUGGAGAGAUGCUGUGGGGAUUAGUGCGACAGGGUCUCAAAUGCGAAGGAUGUGGUCUCAACUAUCACAAGAGAUGUGCGUUCAAAAUCCCCAACAACUGCAGUGGUGUACGCAAAAGACGCCUUUCCAAUGUUUCACUAACGGGAUUGAGCACUUCACGGUCCACCUCCAAUGAUCUAUCGCCGAAUACACCAGAUGAGAUGUCACUGCAGAAGACACCAUCUGAAUCUUUCAUUGGAAGAGAGAAACGCUCAAACUCACAGCCAUACAUUGGCCGUCCCAUUAAGCUGGAUAAAAUUUACCUUUCCAAGGUUAAAGUGCCUCACACAUUUGUAAUUCAUUCCUACACUCGUCCCACUGUUUGUCAGUACUGCAAGAAGCUUUUGAAAGGACUUUUUAGACAGGGAGUGCAGUGUAAAGAUUGCAAGUUCAACUGUCAUAAGCGUUGUGCCCCUAAAGUGCCAAAUAAUUGCCUUGGUGAAGUGGCUGUCAAUGGCGAUUUGCUCAGUCCUGGUGCAGAGUCAGAUGUGGUAAUGGAAGAAGGAAGUGAUGACAAUGACAGUGAAAGAAACAGUGCAAUUAUCGAUGAUAUGGAAGAGUCCAUUUCGCAUGACUCUGAAAUGUUAAUCCCUGUGAGCCACGGUGACAGUGGUGACAUGCAGGACCAUGAACAUGAUGAUGCAAACCGUGCAAUAAGCCCUUCCACAAGUAAUAAUAUUCCUUUAAUGAGAGUGGUACAGUCUGUUAAACACACCAAGAGGAGGAGUAGCACUGUGCUGAAGGAGGGCUGGAUGGUUCACUUCACCAGCAAGGACACUCUGAGAAAAAGACACUAUUGGAGACUAGACAGUAAAUGUAUCACCCUCUUUCAGAAUGAUACAGGAAGCAAAUAUUACAAGGAAAUUCCACUAUCUGAAAUUUUAUCUCUGGAACCUGGAAAGAACUUCAGCUUACUACCUGCUGGAGCCAAUGCUCAUUGCUUUGAAAUUACCACUGCAAGUGUGGUCUAUUUUGUUGGCGAAAAUCUGACAAAUCAUUUGAGUACACAAAAAAACAACCCGACUACCCAGUUGUCGGGUGGCACUGGUUUGGAUGUUGCCCAGACAUGGGAGUUAGCUAUCCAACAUGCCUUGAUGCCUGUCAUUCCAAAAGGUUCAUCUGCAGGAUCAGGGCACAGCCUACACAGAGAUGCAUCUAUCAGUAUCUCAGUGUCAAACAGCCAGAUCCAGGAGAAUGUGGAUAUCAGCACAGUAUAUCAAAUAUUUCCAGAUGAAGUAUUGGGUUCAGGACAAUUUGGAAUAGUAUAUGGAGGUAAGCAUCGCAAGACAGGUAGAGAUGUAGCAAUCAAAGUGAUUGAUAAACUACGAUUCCCAACAAAGCAAGAAAGUCAGCUUCGGAAUGAAGUUGCAAUUUUACAGAAUCUGCAUCACCCUGGUGUAGUGAAUUUGGAAUGCAUGUUUGAGACUCCUGAAAGAGUGUUUGUUGUCAUGGAAAAGCUCCAUGGAGACAUGCUGGAAAUGAUCCUGUCAAGUGAGAAAGGACGUCUGCCAGAACAUAUAACAAAGUUUCUUAUUACACAGAUACUUGUUGCUUUGCGACAUCUCCAUUUUAAGAACAUAGUUCACUGUGACCUGAAACCUGAGAAUGUCCUCCUAGCAUCAGCUGAUCCCUUGCCACAGGUCAAGCUUUGUGACUUUGGAUUCGCACGUAUAAUUGGAGAAAAGUCUUUCAGGCGUUCUGUGGUGGGAACACCAGCAUAUUUGGCUCCAGAAGUCCUUCGGAACAAAGGAUAUAAUCGAUCGUUAGACAUGUGGUCGGUAGGCGUUAUCGUCUAUGUCAGUCUUAGUGGCACCUUUCCAUUCAACGAAGAUGAAGAUAUUCAUGAUCAAAUUCAGAAUGCUGAUUUCAUGUAUCCCCCUAAUCCCUGGAAGGAGAUCUCACUGGAAGCUAUUGAUGUCAUCAACAACCUCUUGCAAGUAAAAAUGAGAAAGCGUUUUAGUGUGGACAAAUCUCUAAGUCAUCCCUGGUUGCAGGACUACCAAACGUGGCUGAAUUUACGAGAGCUUGAGUGCAAAUUUGGGGAACGCUAUAUCACUCAUGAGAGUGACGAUUCCCGUUGGGAAGAGUUUGCUGGACAACAUGGCUUGGAGUAUCCAAUGCAUCUAGUCAAUCAUAAAUCUGACUACAGCGAGAGCACCGAGAAGGAAGAGGCAGAAAUGAAAGCUCUGAAUGAGCGGGUCAGUAUUCUCUGAAAGGAUAUUUGGUUUUAAGAAUUUUCGCAAGCACACAGAGGGGAAAAAGGAAACAAUCUAUCAAGUAACUACAACGUCUGUCCCAACCACAAAAAAAGGGAAGGGGUGGAAAUGCUUGGUCUCCACCAAUAAAUGCAAGCUUAAAAAACAAUUGCCAUUCUAAUCCCAAAGCUAGCAUUCCAGUUAGGUGUCGUAGCUGGAGACUAUCAGAAAUGACAAGUUCACUUAUUGCAUUUCAAGCAGCAUUGUGUAUAUAUAUUUUUGUGUGAAUGCAACUAUGUUCUUGUACAUCCUGUGCUAAUGCAAGCACUAAAUAUAUAAAAUUUGCAAGUUAUUAGUUUGUAUCUUUCACAUUCUGUAAGUUUCCAGUGUGCCUUUGCUGGUAAGAAUUUCCAUGUAUUUAUAAUGCACCCUAGUUGGGUGAGAACUUUUGUAAAUUUUGCUUUAUAACAUAGUUUAACCUCUUUCAGUAUUUAGCUGUAUGGCAACUCUUGGGAGAGUAUAACAUUAUAGCUGUUCUGUGAACAAUUUUUGGUCUGUUAUAAAGAACAAAAGGAUUUUUAAAAAUACACAUUCACUUUUUUGGAAUAACCAUGCCCAAAAAGUAUAACUUAAUCUGCAACAAACUGUAACAAGGGAACAAAACUCAAGAUGUGCAGUGACAGAACACUUAUGUACAGAUGCAAGCUAGUCUUGUAAGCUUUAAUGCCUUAGUUAUGGCAUUUAUUACAGGAUUGGUCAGGUUGAAUUCACCUCUAUGUCAUAGCAUUUUAACUAAAAAUUGCUUGAUACCAUGUUGCUUCUGUCUAAAAAGUUUGAAUAAAAUUGAAGUUGAUGUC